CACACCCGACGCCGACGCCCACCUCCUCUCUCCGUCUCUCCACUCUCGCUCGGUCUCUCCUGUCUCCGCUCGUUCUCUACCCAGUCCCCGUCUCCCCUAAUUAACGGAACCCUAGGGCGGUCGGCAGGCAGACCGCAGGCCCGACCGCGCGGCCGGCGAGGGAGGCAAGGAGCGCCGGCGCGCCGCAGGCGAGCAGGACGACAGCGAGGUCGAACGCCUCAGCGCCACACGCACACGGUGAGUUGUGCUCAUUCGGUAGAUGGAGGUGCCGAUGAACUCUGCAAUGCAGCCAGGUGUUCACUUUCCUGUGCAGCACCGUUCCCUCUCGUUGGACAUCAAGGGAAAUAAGACGGACAUUAUUAUCAACAAAUAUGAAGACACUUUUAUGGUCAUUGUGACACAAAUUGGUUGCUUGGGAACCAUAUUAGCUGCUAAGAAAGAGGAAAGUGUUUUCUCGGACCCAACCUACAACAUAGCUGUUCUUUUUGGAAAGAGAGAUGAGCCGCUCCUACUAGCUUGUGCACGCCAACUUAUUGAGCAUAUAAGUGGCAGUGGCUCAGCUCGAUCGUUGGUUAUCACUCUUGGUCUGAAAGAUCAUUCACAGGGAACACUGAAGGAUAUAAUUGCAGCCGUCAUUGAGAACCGUCUAUGGUGAUGAUUGAGUAAACCGAGCUAGGAUUGGGAUGGGCAUAUUCGGUCCAUUGAAAGAGAUCCUGAUGUAUACAUUUAGUGGUUAAGAUAUGAGCCCUUUGACAGAGAUGCUGACAUAAACAUUUAGCGGUUGAGUAAGAUGAGCCUUCCGUUAUCAUGUACGAAAUUCUAAAGGUUCUAUAACUAGAAUUUAUACCUAGUUGAACAACAAGUGGUUUUCUCCUCUUAAGUCUUUCAGUGGUCAAUAUUAUCCUAUCAUGGGCGUGGUGGAUAGUGUUGUUGAGUCUUUCAAUCUGUGUACUUCUGUAUGGUUGUAAGCUCAUGUUGCUAAUUUCUCGAUUAAUAUCGAUGCAAGCAAAUGCACUUUCGUGGAA